AAUUUUGAGAAAUCUUUUGCUUUUAGCUUUCUCUCUCUCUCUCUCCAUCUUUGUGUCUGGGAGGGUGAGGAAGAGGAAAAUAUAAGUGCUUUCUUCCCUUGCUCUCUCUCUCUCUCGGAUUUGUGUUUUUCCUGGAGAUGUCUCCAUUUCCCAUUGUUGGAUGAAGGGAUACUUCUUAAGGGUUUUCUUGGAUUUGAUUUGAGGGAAAAGGGGAAGAGGAAAAUAUUUUGAUCAAUUUUCUUGAUCUGGGAUUUGGGUUUUUUUCUGAGAAAAUGAAUAUGAUGCGUCGGCUUAAGAGCAUUGCUUCUGGAAGAUCCUCAGUUUCAGAUCCUAGUGGGGAUUCUGGCUCAAAGCGGGCGAAGGUCGAACAAGAAGUAGAUACGAGAAUUGCCUGUGAAGUACAAUCUGAAGAAAAUUCUUUGAGAGCUCCAGAGCAUAAUACGGCUUCUAAAUCAUUGGAAACUGUUUCUAAUAAGUCUGAUGUACAUGGUAGACCUGAUAAGUCUGACUACGAUAAGCUUCCCAAAGAAAUGCAUGAAAUGAAAAUUAAAGACGAUAAAGCUGAUAACCAUGAGGAUAACGUAAAGGACAUGGAGCCCACUGUUGUCAGUGGCAAUGGAACUGAAACAGGUCAGAUAAUUGUGACUUCAAUAGGUGGUCGAAAUGGACAACCUAAACAGACAAUGUCUUAUAUGGCAGAACGCGUGGUUGGCUCAGGGUCCUUUGGAGUUGUAUAUCAGGCAAAAUGCCUCGAAACGGGAGAAUCUGUUGCUAUUAAGAAGGUGCUGCAGGAUAGGAGAUAUAAGAACAGAGAACUCCAGAUUAUGCGUUUAUUUGACCAUCCUAAUGUUGUUCAACUCAAACAUUGUUUCUAUUCUACCACUGACAAGAAUGAGGUGUACCUUAAUCUUGUAUUAGAAUAUGUGUCUGAAACUGUGUAUCGAGCUUCAAGGCACUACAGUAGAGUCAACCAAUAUAUGCCCGUUUUAUAUGUGCAGUUGUAUACAUACCAGAUUUGCCGUUCGCUAAAUUAUAUACAUAAUGUUAUCGGUGUAUGCCACCGCGAUAUUAAACCUCAGAAUCUAUUGGUCAAUCCUCAUACACAUCAGCUAAAGCUCUGUGAUUUCGGGAGUGCAAAGAUGUUGGUACCUGGUGAACCAAACAUAUCAUACAUUUGCUCUCGGUAUUAUAGGGCUCCAGAACUGAUCUUUGGAGCUACAGAGUACACAACAGCUAUUGAUAUGUGGUCUGUUGGUUGUGUAAUGGCCGAGCUACUUAUAGGCCAGCCUCUAUUUCCCGGGGAAAGUAGUGUUGAUCAGCUAGUUGAAAUAAUUAAGGUUUUGGGGACGCCGACAAGAGAGGAAAUCAAGUGCAUGAAUCCCAAUUACAGCGAGUUUAAGUUUCCUCACAUCAAAGCUCACCCUUGGCACAAGAUAUUUCACAAGAGAAUGCCACCAGAAGCAGUGGAUCUAGUGUCAAGGCUGCUUCAGUAUUCACCUACUCUACGUUGCACAGCGUUGGAGGCUUGUGCACACCCAUUCUUCGAUGCUUUGAGAGAACCUAAUGCAUGCUUGCCAAACGAUCGACCGCUACCUCCUUUGUUCAAUUUUACAGCUCAAGAACUGGCUGUCGCGCCGCCUGAACUCCGACAACGUCUCAUUCCCGAGCAUGCAAAGAAAUGAACUUUUCUUGGAAAAACCGGUAUUCUGUAGGUUUUGUAAAUGGGUUUUUGGCCGAUUUGUUUCCUCGCCUCUAAUGCAUGACCAAAAAUUAGAUUUUAGAGAAAUUGCCAAUGAUUAUCUCCAUGACAAAUGAUUAUAUUCAACAAUUUGUUGUAUGUCUCUGCAGAUAUAGAUUAAUGAGGUUUGUAAAACUUCUGGUUUUUGCGAAAUAUGAUCUCAUUAUAUUCAUUCUGAUAA